GGAUUUCUUACUAAUAAUUCUGCCUUUGUGGAUCCUACCACAGACUUCAUAAUAUGCCUGUUUUAAUCUUCACUUUCUUCUUAUUUCUUCUUCACUGCUUUUAAUUUGUUUCUAUGUCCAAGGUCUAUCACAAAUUUUCUUUCAUUUGCUUAAUUCAUCACAUGCUUUUCUUUGCUUUUGAUUAUCUGCUACUGUUAUAGCAGCUAGCUUUGUCAGAUUGUCAAGGAAGUCAACUUCACUGCUUUAUUUUCAGUUCUAAUCUCUCAACACUUUUCAGCCACUAAGUCAGGUAAUAAGAUCUGAAGCAAUUAUUUAUUGCCAACUUCAAUGAUUUUGUUUUGCUGUCCAAGGUCUAUCACAAAAUUUCAAGCAUCCUAUCAAGCUACCUUUGUAAGACACUGCUUCAUUUUCAGUUCUAUUCUCCCAACACUUUUCAGCCACUAAGUCAGGGACAUAGCAAUGGAGUACGUAGAGCCUGUUGUUGGCAUUGCAAAUUGUCUCGGCACUCCUGUUUGCAAAUAUUUGCAAUAUCACAGGAAGCUGAACGACUAUGUGAGAAACUUCAAGAGGAUCAGAGAGGAAUUGAAUUGCAAAAUGGAAGAUAUAGAGCUGCAAUUGAAAGCAGAGCUUCUUCGUCCUCUGGGGAAGAUACCAAAGAAGGGAGUUGAAAAUUGGUUGAAAGAUGUGAAAGAGAUGAUUAGGGAAGCACAAGCUGUUGAAAACAAAGUCAGUAACGGGAGAUAUCUCUGUCGUGCUUGCAACGGGAAGCUGGUUGAUGAAAGGACUCGAGAAAUGAAGGAAUUUCUUUAUAAGGCUCCUAAUGCCUCUAAAGGUCUUGCCAUAGAUGGUCCAAGUGGUGGGUUGCCGCUGCUAACAUCAGAACUAGUUGGAGAGGAAGCUGUCAGAAAUGAGAUUUGGGCAUGUUUGAUGCAGGAGGAGGUGAGCAAGAUUGGAGUUUGGGGGAUGGGCGGUGUGGGUAAAACCACUAUCAUGAAGCACAUCCACAAUGAUCUUUUGAAAGAACAAAGAUUCGAAAGGGUAAUCUGGGUUACCAUAUCAAAGGAGUUCAAUGUAAUGAAGGUACAAGAUAAUAUUGCAAGUGCGUUGAAGGCGAAGGAAUAUUUAGACAAAGAAGAGGACAAGGUUAGACGAGCAGCAAUCUUGUCAGAAAUGCUGAAGAACGCAGGAAAGCAUGUUCUAAUCCUAGAUGAUGUGUGGGAUAAAAUCUCUCUAGAGGAAGUUGGGAUCCCCAAGGCAAGUGGCGGCAAUGGCUGCAAGUUGGUGUUGACAACCCGUUCGGAGCAUGUCUGUAAGUAUAUGGGUUGUAAGGUGAUAAAAGUGAGGCCCCUUUCAGAAGAAGAGGCAUUGAUACUAUUCUUGAGUAAAGUUGGACCUAACAUAGUUCAAUGUCCAACUAUAAUGCCAACUCUGAAGCUUGUUGUCAAGGAAUGUGCGGGUCUACCUCUUACAAUUGUCGUGGUAGCUGGUACCAUGAAAGGAGAAUAUAACCCUCGUAUUUGGAAAAAUGCACUCAAAGAUUUGAAAGAGAGAAUAGGAAAAGUGGAAGGAGUGGAAGGUGAGGUAAUCGAGCGCUUGAAAUUCAGUUUCGAUCACUUGAAAGAUGAGAAAGUAAAAGAUUGCUUCUUGUAUUGUGCAUUAUAUCCUGAAGAUUAUGAAAUUCGUAAGGUUGAACUAAUCGAGUGUUGGAUUGCUGAGAUAUUCAUAGACAAGAUGGACACAAGACAAGAAAUGGAAGAUAAAGGCCUUACUAUUUUGAAAAGGUUGGAAGAUAACUGCUUGUUGGAAAAUAAUAGCACUCAAUUUGGUUUACAUGGUGUAAAGAUGCAUGAUGCAGUGAGAGACAUGGCAUUGUCGAUCACUGGAAUGAAUCCUCGAUAUAUGAUACAAGCAGGUUUGCAAUUAGAAGAGUUACCGGAAAAGGAGCAAUGGAGUCCGGAUAUUGAGAAAGUGUCACUUAUGUAUAACUCCAUAUCAGAAAUUUCCAUAGAUGUGCUGCCCACAAAAUGUCAACUGCUCACAACCUUGUUAUUGCAGCAUAACCCUAUAAAGAAGAUUCCAUAUUCUUUCUUCAUAAACAUGCCCUGUCUUUGUGUCCUAAAUUUGUCCUAUACAGAGAUCGAGAGUUUACCAAAUUCCAUCUCUGAACUAAAGAACCUCACAUCAUUGUUGCUUUGUGAUUGUGAAGAAUUAAGAGAUCUACCAUGUCUUUCGAUGCUUCAAGAAUUGAAGAAGUUGGAUCUAAGUUCGACUAAAAUUGAGGAAGUCCCUGAAGGAAUGGAUAUGCUGAUAAAGCUAAGAUAUCUUGAUCUUAGAGUGCACACUCUGAAAGAGAUACCCGCUGGACUUUUACCAAAACUCGUUCACCUUCAGCACUUGGGUUUUUAUGAGAACAAUGAAAAAACAAGUCUAAAAGCAGAGGAGUUGGAACCAUUGAAGAAGUUGGAGUGCUUUACCGGACGUUUCGAAGACAUCAAUGAAUUCAAUAAGUUCAUCUCCUCAAUGAAACAAAGUAAGAAAAAUCUCAUCAAAUACCAUUUAUAGGUGGGCUCAUCUUUUAUGCUUGCUACAAGAGAUAAAACAGUAACAAUUGGAGGAGUCCAGAAUUGGGAAGGUGAGUCAAUUAUGCACCCAAUUGAAAUUCAACAGUUGAAUAUUUCAAGUUGCAACUAUUUGAGAAACUUAGUCGAUGAUAAUUCUUCCUUCAAAAAAGUGAUUGGCUUGAGGGUUUGGGUUUGUGAAGGGAUAGAGUGUGUUGUUUCCCUGUCCUCUUUUGCCUCUUCUUCCACUCAUCCAUUUCAAAGCCUUGAGGUGUUAGAUCUUGGAGAUCUGCCAAAGUUGAGUGCCCUUAUUAUGAAAGAUGCAGGAAUUGGUUUAGCAACAACAUCAACAUCGGCUCCAUCUGCCACCUUUUCCCAUCUUAAGGAAAUUAGGAUAUACAAAUGCUCAGGUGUGAAGACGUUGCUUCCACAUUGGUUGCUUCCAAACCUCCAAAGCCUGGAAGAAAUACAUGUGGGUGCUUGUAGUCAGCUAGUAGAAAUAUUGGGAGCAGCAACAUCAAAAGUUGAAGAAAAAGGGAGUGAUGCAUUAAUCAAAUUCCAUCUUUCCAAAUUGAGAGUAUUGAGACUAAAUAAGUUACCAAAUUUGAAGAGCAUAUGCAGCAAAAGUGGAGUGAUGGUUUGUGAUUCACUCCAAGUUAUCAAAGUUUUUGGAGAUUGUGAUAAACUGAAGAGAAUUCCUCCAUUUGUUCCCCUUGUUGGCAAUGGGCAGCCAUUUGCAUAUGCUCCACCUUCUCUUACCAUCACGUCAGACACAGAAUGGUGGGAAUCGUUGGAGUGGGAUGACCAUCCAAACUUUAAAAAUGUUCUUCAACCCCUUUGGAAGCUUUUAAGUUAUCCAACUUAUCCAAGAUGCUGGAGACUGUUAUAAACUGAAGAGAAUUCCUCCAUUUGUUCCCCUUGUUGGCAAUGGGCAGCCAUUUGCAUAUGCUCCACCUUCUCUUACCAUCGGGUCAGAGACAGAAUGGUGGGAAUGGUUGGAGUGAGAUGACCAUCCGAACUUUAAAAAUGUUCUACAACCCCUUUGGAAGCUUUGAAGAUGAUGUGGCCUCCAUUGGUGCGAAAGAAGUAGAAGAGAGUAGCAGGGCGGAGGAUGGUGCAAAAGAGAGGAUAAAAAAUGUGGGAAUAAAAGGAAUGAUGGAUGAGGAAUUGAGCAGCCACCAUAAUAAUUGACUCCUUUUCCAUUGAAUCAAAUAUUAUUAUGUUCUAUUAUUUAAAAAUCUUUAUAUGUUCUUAAACAGAGAUGUUGCUUUUAAAAUUAUUUGUCUGUAAAAUUAUUAAACUUAUUAUUCUUCUAUCAAUCAUUUAUGCAUUUUUU